AUGUACUGUCUCACUGCCUCUCGAUAAUUACUAUUCUGCCCGGUCUUUCAUGAAAAUUUCCCAAUGUAGUUCUCGUCCAAACUAGGCUGAGCCAUAUGAUUGUUUGUAAAGAUGAAGUACUACAGCAUCUUUGCCAUCCCAAUCGUGCGGAACCAGCUCAUCGCAAAUACCGUUCUGGUGGUAUUGGCCUCCGCCCUGGUGAUUCUGCGGUUUGUGUCGAGGAAGCUGCGACGUACGAACAUUUGGUGGGAUGAUGUAUGCAUCGUGGGAUCUCUGAUCCAUACAUAUGGAAUGCUGGGUAUGCAUUACCAGUAUGCACAUGUGGGCAUGCGGCGCCAUGUUGGUGAGAUCCCAACCGAGAAUACUAUCUACAUUUUCAAGGAGCUAGUCGCCUACCAGAUCGUCUACUACAACACCAUGGUCCUGGCCAAGUUUUCCUAUCUCUUUUUCUAUCUCCGCAUUUUCGUCUCGCGCUCCUUUCGCCUCGCGGCAUGGGCCUGCAUGGCCUGCGCAGCCGCAUACUGGCUGGGAAGCAUGCUCCAAGUCUUUCUCCUCUGCCACCCCUUUGCGGCCAACUGGAACCAGAGCAUACCAGGGGCACAUUGCGCCAGCCAGAACGUCGCGUUCUCCACCAUCGGAGCCUUCAACCUGGUCACCGACCUCAUGAUCAUCGUGUUGCCGCUGCACUUCAUCCGAAAAUUGCACAUGUCUCGGAUCAUGAGAGUGGGUUUGUCCGCCAUCUUCUGUGUGGGCUUUUUUAUCUCGGCCAUCACCAUCAUCCGAAUUCGCGUCCUCACGACGGUCAAUUUCACUGACCUUCCCUACUCCAUGAUCUGGGCCGCCUUCUGGAGUGUGACCGAGCCAGCCCUGGCCGUGGCCAACGCGUGCGUGCCGAUGAUCGGCCCUGUGCUUCGGGUGGCCUUCCCCAGAUGGUUCUCGUCCCGGGGCGCAUAUGUCUCCAACUCAGCACAACCACAUAGUAGCGCGUUUAAGAAUUCUCAACGUUUCCGCGACGGCGAAUACCCUCUGACGCGGAUGGAUGAGGGCGUCACAACCAUUGACGUCUCAGCGGCCGGCCACAAACUGGAGGAUGAUAGUAACUCGGCCAACUACAAGGAUCAUCCAGAACGUGAGCCCUAUGACAUCAUUGAAACCAGCGGGAUCAAUGUGAGGCAGGAAUGGUCGGUGACACGCCAGAAAUAGCGAUGUGCGAUGUCUCUAGAAAAAAGCUUGGGAUGUGCUUGUUUUUACCUCUGUGUAAUAUUUUGUAUCGCUAUAUACCUGACGAAUAGAGCUUUCCUUGUUUCCUUUCCUCGAAGUCAUAUAUUGGUUUGCGCAUAAGAUAGGUUAAAAAGGGGAGGGAAAUGAAACAAUAAAGUAAUGGCCGUUUAGACCUACUUUCACGCCUAGAAUCUGCUAGUUAGAUAUCUACUCGUUGGUUUGGAAACAAUCAAGGAGUCAAGCCCG